AUGGUGGAUGUAUACACUGUGAAGGUGGAAGAAGCAAGAUCUGCAACUCAUGGAAAGCCAUCAGCAGGUCCUGUGUACAGAUGCAUCUAUACUAAAGAUGGUUUGUUGGAGUUACCUUCUCAUUUUCAAUCUCCAUGGGAAUUUUUCAGGGAGUCUGCUGCAAAGUGGCCUGGUAAACCAAUGCUUGGUCAGCGUCAAAAAACCGAUUCAAAGGUUGGCCCCUAUGAAUGGGUCACAUUUGAGGAGGCUUAUGAUGCUGCUAUCCGAAUUGGUUCCGCCAUGAAGAGCCGUGGUGUCAAUCCUGGUGAUCGUUGUGGCAUAUAUGGAUCCAAUUGUCCUGAGUGGAUAAUUGCAAUGGAGGCUUGUAACAGCUAUGCAGUAACAUAUGUCCCAUUAUAUGACACUCUUGGUCCUAAUGCUGUGGAGUUUAUCAUUAACCAUGCUGAAGUUUCGAUAGCAUUUGUACAGCAAAGCAAGAUUCCUUCGGUUUUGUCAUGUCUUGAUCGGUGUACAAGUCUUAAAACUAUUGUGAGUUUUGGUGACGUUUCAAUCAAUCAAAAGACAGAAGUUGAGGAACUUGGUGUUUCGUGCUUCACAUGGGGAGAGUUUCUUCAGUCGGGAAAUCGGGAUUUGGAUCUACCGUUUAAAAAUAAGAUUAACAUCUGCACAAUCAUGUAUACAAGUGGAACAACAGGUGAACCAAAAGGUGUCAUUAUUAAGAAUGAGGCUUUCAUGACUCAAGUGCUGUCCAUUGACCAACUACUUUCGUUAACAGACAAAGGCGCAGCUGAAGAUGAUGUGUACUUUUCUUUUCUUCCUCUUGCUCAUGUAUAUGACCAGAUAAUGGUGACCUAUUGCAUCCACAAGGGCUCAUCAGUUGGAUUUUGGCAAGGCGAUAUCAGAUUCUUAAUGGAUGAUAUUCAGACACUGAAACCAACUAUAUUUUGUGGCGUUCCUCGAGUUUAUGACCGUGUUUAUGCUGGUAUCAAUUGCAAAAUUUCAUCCGAAGGAUCACUGAAAAAGACAUUGUUUCAGUAUGCAUAUAACUACAAAUUGGGAUAUCUAAAUAGUGGUCUUCCACAAGACAAAGCAGCACCUUGGUUUGAUAGGCUUGUGUUCGACAAGAUUAAACAAACAUUGGGUGGACGAGUUCGAAUCCUGUUAUCAGGAGCUGCGCCUUUGUCUAAACAUGUUGAAGAGUUUCUGAGGGUCACUUGUGGAUCUACUUUGGCACAGGGAUACGGUCUUACUGAAAGCUGCGCGGGGUGUUUCACUUCAAUAUCCAAUGUGUUUUCUAUGGUGGGAACGGUCGGAAUUCCCAUGCCAACUAUUGAAGCCAGGCUUGAGUCCAUGCCUGAGAUGGGAUAUGACGCACUUUCCGGUCAACCCCGUGGAGAAAUUUGCUUGAGAGGGAAUACCUUGUUUGCCGGUUACCACAAACGUCAAGAUCUUACCGAAGAGGUUAUGGUUGAUGGUUGGUUUCAUACAGGUGACAUUGGAGAAUGGCUUCCAAACGGAGCCAUGAAAAUUAUUGACAGAAAAAAGAAUAUCUUCAAAUUGUCACAAGGAGAAUACGUUGCUGUCGAGAAUAUCGAAAACAAGUAUUUGCAGUGUCCUCUUAUAACUUCGGUUUGGGUCUACGGAAAUAGUUUCGAAUCUUUCUUGGUGGCUGUUGUGGUUCCGGAAAGACAAGCCCUUGAGAAUUGGGCAGUGAAGCAUGAUUUGUCUGAUGAUUUUAAAUCAUUAUGUGGAAAUCCUGAGGCACGAAAAUUCAUUUUGGAUGAACUCAAUAGCAUUGGUCAGAAACAUCAAUUUCGAGGUUUUGAGCUGAUAAAAGCUGUUUUUCUGGAACCGAUUCCCUUUGAUGUGGAGAGAGAUCUGGUAACUCCUACAUUCAAAUUGAAGAGACCGCAAUUACUAAAGCACUAUAAGGAUUGCAUUGAUCAACUAUACAAGGAAGCAAAGGGAGCAAUGGUCUGA